CCAGAACUCUUUGAUACCCUCUUGUUUGAAGAAUCUCCAGCUGCUCCGAUGAUAGCCUAAGAAGACUGCAUGCUGUUCCCUCUUGAUGCCAAGCCAGACCCACUCAGAACCUUGGAUCUCAGUCCUUCAUGGAGACCAGGUCCCAGCAGGAAUGGCAGUGCAGAAAAUUGGCACCCAGAUGGUUCCUCCACAUGAAGUUGUCUCAGGCUAUGGGCUGAUGAGAGAACACCUGGUAGUCAGGUUAGCCCUCUGUCAGUCAUCCAGGGUAGGGCAGCAUGGUGCGGAUUCAGAGGAGGAGGCUUUUGGCAUCUUGCCUCUGCAUCACAGCCACCAUCUUUCUGCUUGUCACACUCCAGGUAGUAGUUGAGCUGGGAAAAUUUGAAAGGAAGAAGUUAACAAAUUCCAAUUUGCAAGAUGGACAUGCAAAAAUGGAGGAAGUGCCUAAACAGCUUAUUCCAUUCCUUAAGAAAGAAGCACUGACCUUAAAUAGAGAAAAAAAGUGGGAAGUAGAUAGCUAUCCCAUAAUGCUCUGGUGGUCCCCACUGACUGGGGAAACUGGAAGGUUAGGCCAGUGUGGAGCGGACGCCUGUUUCUUCACCAUCAACCGGACCUACUUCUAUCAUCACAUGACCAAAGCUUUCCUCUUCUAUGGUACUGACUUUAACAUAGAUAGCUUACCUCUGCCUCGGCAAGCCCAUCAUGACUGGGCCCUUUUUCAUGAAGAGUCCCCGAAAAACAAUUACAAGCUCUUUCAUAAGCCAGUCAUCACCUUGUUCAACUACACUGCCACAUUCAGCAGGCAUUCCCACUUGCCACUGACUACCCAGUACUUGGAGGGCAUAGAAGUCCUUAAGUCACUCCAGUACCUAGUUCCUUUACAGUCCAAAAACAACCUUAGAAAAAGACUUGCUCCACUGGUGUAUGUACAGUCAGACUGUGACCCACCGUCGGAUAGGGACAGCUAUGUUCGCGAGCUGAUGACUUACAUUGAGGUCGACUCCUAUGGCGAGUGUUUACGAAACAAAGAUCUCCCUCAGCAGCUGAAAAAUCCAGCCUCUAUGGAUGCCGAUGGCUUUUAUAGGAUCAUUGCACAGUAUAAGUUUAUGCUUGCUUUUGAGAAUGCAGUUUGUGAUGAUUACAUCACUGAGAAGUUCUGGAGACCACUGAAACUGGGAGUGGUCCCUGUAUAUUAUGGAUCUCCCAGCAUCACAGACUGGCUUCCAAGUAACAAAAGCGCUAUUCUUGUAUCGGAAUUUUCUCACCCCAGAGAAUUGGCAAGUUACAUCAGACGACUGGAUUAUGAUGACAGCUUGUAUGAGGCCUACGUGGAAUGGAAGCUGAAGGGUGAGAUCUCUAACCAGCGACUUCUGACAGCUCUUAGGGAACGGAAAUGGGGAGUGCAAGACAUCUACCAGGACAAUUACAUCGAUGCGUUUGAGUGUAUGGUGUGCACCAAGGUGUGGGAUAAUAUCAGGCUCCAGGAAAAGGGCCUUCCACCCAAAAGAUGGAAGGCAGAAGACACCCACCUGAGUUGCCCAGAGCCUACAGUGUUUGCUUUCUCACCACCCCAGGCUCCACGUCGGAGUUCUUUGCGAGAGAUGUGGAUACCAAGCUUUGAACAAUCCAAGAAAGAAGCCCAGGCCCUAAGGUGGCUGGUCAAUAGAAAUCGAAAUUUUUCAGCUCAAGAGUUUUGGGCCCUAGUAUUCAAGGACUAAUUUCAAAAAGUAUCAGAAUGCCAUAGACUAGAGCCUUCUUGAGGUUGAUUUUCUAGGUUGCCUUAAUAUUUGAACGUGCUAGCUAUUCUAUUGACUAUCUAGUAGGGUAAGAAUCAGUUGCUGCAGUUCUCAUAAUGAGCCCUAUCAAAGAUUAGAUAUGAAUUACCCUUAGGCGUUGCCUCUAUAUUUUUUAUACUAAAAAAAAUAUAUUUCUUAUGGAUACUGAUCAUCUUCCAUUUACACGUCUGAACCUACAUACUUGCUGCCUUUUGUGGAAAUGCACCUAAUUUAGAGUAAGCACUUUCCUUCUAGCUGUGGAUUCUUGAUAUUCACCUCACUCUCAACAGCUUAUUGGUAUUUGGCAAGCCCAGUGUCCCAAUGCUGAGCAUGAACAUGAAAUGCAUUAGAACUUGGCAAUGAGAGAUCCCAUCUGUUGGUUUCCAGGGACAUAAGUCAGUAAUAAAAACUCUUUCAAGCUUAUCCACUGUCUACUCAAGUCAAAAGAACAAGUGCACGUCUACCUUCUUUUCCAUACCCUCAGCUACCUCCCUAAUCUUCUUUAGUUACACCUUGCCCUUUGGCCUCUCGUUUCCCCUCCAGAGUGGAAUAUCUUGUAAAGACAUGACUCUUCCUUGUGUGCUUUGAUCAGUGAGAUGUUACUGAUUGUCCCUUAUACUGCUGAGCAGAAUAAUAAGAAUUAUAUAAUUCAGGGUAGACAGCCUGUACAUUUGAUCAGCAUGAGAGUAAAAGUACGUGCCCCCAGAAACUCUAAUUGUGCUGAAGCUGAUUUGUCUCUUCUUGGGAUUAUGCACAGACUGUCAUGGUGGGUAGCCACAGGCAUUCUUCAGCUUGUGAGCAUUUCCUGUCAUUUCUGAUCCUGCCACAGAGAAGAUUCAGCUGUCUUGUCUAGGACAUCUGUUGGGGCUCCACAAAAAACAAGGAGGAACACACUGGUUCACAUUCCCUUUCCAUGUGAGGGCAAGGAAGCUUCUAGAUGACAUCAAUACCUAUUGCCACCUAUGUGUCAUGGCUUCCAUAUUCUUUAUUAUGAACUGAUGCAAGCCUUAGAGAGCACUCAGAGAACAGGAAGAGUCUCUGAUGUAUAUGUCCAUGAUGUGAUAUAAUGAGGAGACAGCAGUUGUCCCUUAGCACCAACUCCCCUUCCAUUGAAGGCCAAGACCUUUGAUGUGCUCAGCAGUGAGCAGUGUCUUCUUUUGUAGCUCUCUAAGGCUGGGCCAGUCAGCAUGUGUGAAAUGAGGACCAAAACCCAUACCUUCUUUUAGAAGCAAGAAGGGUUACAUUGCUGUGUAGAAGAAGGUGUCAAUAACUGGGUUCUCCCUAAUCCCAGCUUUGCCAUUAACUAAAUAUGAUCUUGGAAAAAUCUCCUAGCCUCCAUAGGCCUUAGUUUUUGCAGCCAAAAAGAAGUGAUUGGGCUGGUCUUUGAAGUUGUUAUUUUUUUCUAUGUAACAUUCUUAAUUGUUUAUCAACAUUUAAGAAGUUUAUUUUAGUAAAUGUUUUGGCUAAGAUGGUAAUAAACUAUUUUAGAAGUGCUGUAUACUAUUCAAGGGAAACAUGCUCUUUCUAGGAAAUAGUAUGCUUAAUGGGUAGUAUUAAGGAUGGAGGGGAAUUUAUUUCUCUUCCAUUUUAUUUGAUAAUAACAAAGAAGUAAGUGCCAGAAAGGGGAAUUAUCUUAAAGGUCAGAUUUUGAAUUGUAUAUUAAAUGAAGAGGUUUUGUGUUUUGUUUUGGAACACUCAAAAGAAAGCCUGAGAGAUGAUUUAUGCCUCUGGCAAGAUAUCAUCAUGGUAGUUUCAAUUCUCCUCCAUAAAUGCCUUAAGCAAAAAUACAUAGUGCUUAUCUGAAAUCUCAGUAUGUCAUUCAGUCUUAUUUCCAUCUUAGUUCUUCAUCAAGAGUUCAUAGAUAAAAUCUUCUCUAAAGUUUUCUUAAGUAUGUGUCUAUGAACAAAUUUAGUAAAAUAAAAUUGUUCAUCAUUUAAUGCAGUAUAAAAACGUUGUGAGGGAGGAAGAUCAAGAAGAGGGAAUUCUAUGGGAUUACAAAUAGGGUGUAUUUCAAAGAAAACAAAUGACAGGUUCUUUGGUACUCUUUGAGUUCUCAUAGAUUUGAGACUAUUUUUUUGUUUAGCAUAUGCUUCUUCUGUAAUAGAGUUUCAUUACUAAGAUGAUGCCAUCUUGCCUCUGACAAUUGCUGUUGUGGAGUGAGAACUGUGUCCUCAUUGUUGCAGCACUCUUAUCUGCAAAAUGGGAGGUACACUAUUUGAAUUCUAUGGCAGGCCCCUCAGUGCACAUUGUCUAUGUUGAUCCCAUCAUGCCACACCUUUCUCUUUACCUCACUGUCUCCAUUUGUGAAAUACAAUGAAGAAAGUAACCUACCUCACAGGGUUGUUGUGAGGAAUGACUUAUGGCUGUGAAGAUGUUUGUACAAUGUAACAUUUUAUUUAGUGUUCAGUACAUUUUAUGUGGAUUGUUCUCAAGGACUAGUUUGCAAAGCAAUAUGACAAAAUGGACAGAAACCCUUUCAGAAAUGUUGGAGAAGAUGAUUACUAAUGCUAGUCAAUAGUCUUCACUUCUUCACCUAAAAAUAGAUGCAACUUUGACCUUGAGUCAUGUAGCAAGUAUAAUAUUUCAGAACUUGAAUGGUGGCUAGCUUAUUUGUUGAUGUUAAGGACUAGAUUCUAGUAACUAGAAUAUCAUUUGGGGUCAUUAUUAUUUGUAGUAGCACAUUGAAUGCAUACAGUGUUUUAUGUACUACUCCAAAAUAAAAGACAUUAACAAAAGCAA